UCCUCAACAAGACCUUCAAUUCCCGCGAGAGCCUUAUGAGUCACGGUUUUAGUUACUGGUGAAAUAGCAGUGAUGCUGGACGUGCUGGGACACCGCCAGGGCGACAGCCAAAUUCUUGAAGCUAUUAUCCUAGUAGGCCCUGCGAUGGAGGUCAAGGAGUUUGACGAUGGCGAUGGCUUGAAGUCGACGCACUUCAGCUUCAAGCGAACAGGAACAGAACUGGUCUUUGAGAAUGAUAUCUUGGAAAUGAUCACGGUACGGACCCAACCGGACAGCCAGGAUGGGACCUCGAUCGACGGGCUGUAUCCACGACCGGCAGCGCUGGUAGAUGGACUGUCUGCUACCGCUAGCCGCGCCGAAGUCACGGCGUUCCUAGGCGAUCCGGAACUUGCUGGGCCGAAUUUCGAGCGGUACAAGGUCAACGGUCGGUAUCUGCAUUUCGAGUUUGAUAUGCACAGCCGAGUCACCAGAAUCUCCGCCCUACUUGAGCCCGUCGGAAUGGGGCCGUAGGGGCGUAAAAUGACCGAUGGUUACUAGGACAAGAAUAGACCAGGAGAUAUAGCCAAAGAAGCGGGGAGAAUCUCAGCCAUCGUGAGUUUGAGUUACACAGCACGAG